UAAGUUACCGCACCGACUCUCGCCACUCAUUCACAAAUCGCAAGUGAUAGAUGACAAGACGAUAUUAGUUUGUGGCAAUGUUCUACGCUCUCAUGCAUCAUCCUAUAAUCGUGAAUAAUAAACUGAAAUACGAACAACUGUGGCAUAGUGACAAUUGGUGUGACAGUCAUUCUCCGCGAUUCGAGCAUCAACAGAGAUAACCCAGAGUCCUUCAGAUUCAGUGCAGUGAUUAAAAGAGUGACAAGCGGUCGAUCAAUCAAUCGAGUCUAGAUCACCUGAACGAGCUAACGUGCCUGUUCCAAGAGUCGAGAAGAGAAUUUAUUGAGAAGAAUCUUGAAGAAUAUUGAAGAUAUGGCGACUGUACAGACCCCUCCAGAGAUGAGCCUUUCGGCAUCUCUCCCGGUGCAGCAGGAGCAAUCUGAAAUAGACCUGAUGGCGCUGACCAUGGCGGCUCUACGCUUCGUCAACCCCUGGUCAGUGGAGACCAAGUCGAGCCAGUGGAAAGACCAGAUAGUCCCGGGAGCACCCGAGGCUAAAGAUCGUACCAUCACCCUGGCGGAGGUGCGCAUGCACGACACGCCCCAAGACUGCUGGGUGGUCAUCUACGAUCGAGUGUAUGACAUCACUACUUUCUUUGAUGAGCACCCUGGUGGCGCGGACAUAAUGUUCGAGUACGCGGGUCACGACGCGAGCACCGCGUUCCGCAGCUCGGGCCACUCCCGCAUGGCUACCAAAGCUUUAGAACGAUUCCUGGUUGGAGAGCUGCCCAUGCAAGAGCGCAUGUACCGACGACCCGGCGGAAUCCGUCUCAGUGAUAUCCCAGAAUGAGACCACCACGAGCAUAUUGCUCUGCCAAAAUAAUUAAGAUUAAGUAGACCAGCAUAUUUGAGCUGUUAGCCAGUCUCACAUAAAUGACAAGUUGUAAACUUCAUUGAUAGAGACGAAGACUAAUUUAAACGUUAGAUAUAAUUUGUGUGGCACAAGCCUUUAAAUCAGUAGCAUUUUUAUAUACUUAAAUUGGCACAACAGUGUACGUUUUUGUUCUAUAUUAUUAGAAUUUUGCUUAGCCUUAUCAAAACAGCUUUAUUUUAGCAAUAGGCAUGUAGUUUGUAGUCACAUUAAGAGUUUCUUAAACCAAGAUAACCAGAGUAGGCAUUUUAAGUAUGUGUGAUAAAUUGAUAAUUUAUUUCGCUAACCGUGACUUGCUUAUCCAAGAAUUUGUACUUUACAAUAAUAAUUGUUACUGUUAACCUCAGUGAGUGAUGUCAGAGCGUCGAUAACGCAGUCUUGUGAAGACGAACUUACCAAGUGUACUGUUUCCACUAUUCAUCAUGUCUGUUGCCAAGUGGUGGAUGUCUCUUAGUAUUGUAUUUUGCAUUUAUGUAGUUAUUUUUAUGAAAUCUGUUAAACGCAGGGCAGUCUUUAGUUCUUUGUUGAUGACUUAUUUUUUGCAAAUGAUAGCAAUAACAAAGUAUCGUAUCGUAAUAUGUAAUUUGUGUUAGAAAGUUCAACUUUUGUCUUUCGUCUGUUCCAUGACAUUAGAUAUAAGUAACUCAGUAUUAAUUUUUAAAGAGAUGUAUUGUGAAUGUAUCUUUUAUUAGCAAUUAGUAUUUCCUCUUAUGUUCCUACUAUUUUAUAAUUAAAAAAUAAAUGAAAAUUAUGAAUGAA